ACGCCGGCCCCCGCCCCGGACCCCAGCCCGGCACCUGGGCUCGGCGCCGGGAGCGCGCGCGGGCGGGCGGGCCGGGGGCGACAUGGGGAAAUUCCAGUCCAAGCACGCCGCUGCAGCCUUCAAGCGGAGAGAGAGCCCCGAAGGGGACAGCUUCGUGGUGUCUGCGUACCUGGGUGGCCGCAGAGGCACGGAGGAGGCGGAGCGGCGGGGCUGCGUGGAGCACGGCACAAGGGACAAGCAGGGGCUGCCUGGCGGGGACCCCAAGGAAGGACCUUUCCGGGACGACCCGUGUCCCCUAGAGGUGGCACUGCCGCCGGAGAAGGCCGAGGGCCGAGAGGGCCCAGGACAGCUCUUCGGCACAGACGAUGGAGAAAGAGCAGUGAACCGCGAGGGCCCCCGCGGGCCGGGCAAGCGGCGCCUGAACGUGGACGCGCUCCAGUGUGACGUCUCGGUGGAGGAGGACGACGGCCAGGAGUGGACGUUCACGCUCUACGGCUUCGACAACAGUGGCAAGGCCACCAGAGAGGACAUGUCCAGUCUGAUGCACACGAUCUACGAGGUCGUCGAUGCCUCGGUCAACCACUCCUCGGGCAGGAGCAAGACCCUCCGGGUGAAGCUGACCGUCAGCCCUGAGCCCUCCAGCAAGAGGAAGGACGGUCCCCCCGCCAGCCAGGAGCGGGAGCCCACGCGAUGCAGGAUGGAGGGGGAGCUCCCCGAGGACCCCAGGGUGGCCGACAAGAGGCUGUCCACGCACAUCAGGAGGCCCACCGCCGACCCCCACCCCUGCUCCGAGCGGGGGCCCUACUGUGUGGACGAGAGCACGGAGCGGAGGAACCACUACCUGGACCUGGCGGGAAUCGAGAACUACGCAUCUAAGUUCGGACCAGGGUCCCCCCCGGCGCAGGCCAGGCAGGAGCCCCCAGCCAGGGCCGCGCACCCGCAGGGCCGGUCCCGCUCCCAGGAGUCGGACGCGCACGCCGCGCACCAUCGCCGCUGCCUGGGGCCGGCCGAGCCCGCCCUGCUGGCCGCGGAGCCCGUGCCGCGGGCCCUGGACCUGCCGCCCCGGCCGAAGGGGCCGGAGAGGCCGUUCCUGAGGUCCCCGCAGGGCUCGGGGCGGCCGCCCGGGGCCCCCAGUGGGGGCAGGCCCGGGAGAGCGUUCAGCUUUCAUCCGCCGGCCCCCCAACCCCAGGCCCCGCCCCAGGACGGUCACCAUGUCCCGCAGUCCCUGCCCCCGCCCUACGGCCACAGGCGCUGCCGGCAGAGGGGCCGGGAGGGCCACUCGCCGCUCAAGGCCGCACCAGGCCAGCCCGCGGCGCUGGAGCACGAGGCAGCGCGGGAGCUGCCGCCCGUGCUGCUGGGCGAGGCCUGCGCGGUGCCGGCGGUCCAGCGCCACGAGCACCACCACCACCACGAGCACCACCACCACCACCACCACCACCACCACCCGGCCUAGCGGCCCCGCCGGUGCCGGGGACCCACGCGGAGGAGCCUCCUCCCUCCUCGGCGAGGAGUGUCUCACGCCAGCGGCGUCCCCGUCCCGAAGCUUUCUGUGUCAUCCAUAAACACAUUUGUACACUUGGACGCCUGCCCCUGCUCCUGUCGCGAUACCAAAGCAAGGCCCACGGGGUCGAAGGGACCCUGCUCGGACGGCCUGGGCGUGUUUUCCUCUCGGAGCCCCGCUGGGGGCGCUUCUCCUGCGCGGCAGGGGGCGCGAGGCUUGUCACUGGCCCCGGGGGGCCGCGGGCUUUGUGGUUCCUGGGGCUCAUCCACCCUGAACCGGGGAGGGGCGGCUCGGGGCAGUCGCUGCUCGGGGCCGUCGCUGCUCGGGGCCGCGUGUGCGAGGCCGGCACGGAUCACGGGGAGAAGGGUGGCCCCGCGGGGGGCCAGGGAAGCGGCCGGAGUCCAGAAAGGCGGAGGUGAAAGCCAAGAGGAGGGGCGGCCAGGCAGGGCCACAGGCGGUGCCGCUAGCAUCCUACGAGGACACAGACGUGGCCGGCGGGGCGAGGGAAGCGUGGGCGCCCCCGAGAACCGCACACGCGUGGACAGCUGGACAGGAGGCGGGCGGAAAACCUUGAGUGCCGGGGCACAGCCUCAGCUUUGGAAAAGCGCGAUUCCCUUUGGGAGGCUGGGAGGAGGGCCGCAGGCGAGCAGGAAGCCUGGGUGUCCUGGAACCUCGGCCCGCGGAUGCCCCCGAGGCAGGACGUGCCGCUGCUCCGUCUGAGGUGAGCAGCUUGUGAAUUGGUGCAGCUGGUUUUGUAUUUGCCUCCUUGGCGCUGUUUUUAAGGAUACAGCAAAGUGGUGGUUGGUCUGUGAGUUAUUCCCCAGUCAUAAUAAAAAUACGUGCAUUUUGUAACAUGUCA